UAUACCCAUAACCAUAAUUAUUGACUAUGAAAACAUACUUGCUUCAUAUCCCCACCAAGAAAACAGACGAAGUUAAUUGGGUUAAACCAUUGAGCAAUUAUUUGAUUUCCGUUUAUGGAUCUACAUCUGAUUAUAUUGAAGAUAUUAAUGCCUUUAAUAAAUUAAGACAAGAUAUAAGAGGGGCAAAUGCUGAUCUUACAAGUAUUAAAUUAUAUUAUAAAUAUUAUAGUCAAGUGGAAUUAUUAGAUCUUCGUAUUCCAUUUGCUACAGUUAAUAAACAUAAAAAGAUUAAUUUUGAAUGGUUUGAUGCAUUUCUGCCAUCAAUUGUUCAUAAACAAGCGGCUUUACCAUUUGAAAAGGCUAAUAUUUUAUUUAAUUUAGGUGCUUUAUUAUCUCGAUUGGCCACUGUAAAAUAUCAAGAAUCACAAAAGAAAGCGGUUGGAUCAGAUGAUGAAACAACUAAGGAAGCCUUACAAUAUUUUCAACAAGCAAGUGGAAUUUUUCAAUUCUUAAAUGAAAAUUUCUUACAUGCUCCUUCAGCUGAUUUAAGUCAAUCAACUGUAAAAUUCUUAGUUAAAUUAAUGUUAGCUCAAGCUCAAGAAGUAUUUGUUCUUAAAGUUGUAACUGGUGAUCUUGAACAAAAGAAGAAUUCAUUAAUUUCAAAAUUAUGUCGUAGUGCAUCUGCUCAUUAUGAAGAAUGUCAUAAUAUGAUAAGUAUAGUACCAACUUAUUCAAGUGGAUUAAAUGAGUAUACUGUUAUAGAUUCAAGUGAGAUAGAUGAUAAUUUUCUUGAAAAUCCUGAAGAUAGUGAAGCUGUUGCAACAGACAGUGUUGAAGAGAAUAAUUUACAUGUAACAGCUCGUUUAGAUCCUUCUUGGACUGCUACAAUUAAUUUUAAACAUAUUUAUUAUAAAUCUUUAGCAUAUUAUUUCAAUGCAUUACAUUUAGAAUCCAAUAGAAAGUUUGGUGAAGCCUUGGCCUAUCUCACAAAAUCACAAGAAAUCUUGAAUGAAAUCAAUAGUUAUUGGUUAAAACAGAUUGCCAAGAGUUCAUCAAGUGAUUCAUAUGAAAUUUUAGAUAAUUAUAAAUAUCAAAAGGAUGCUAUUGCUAUAAAAUUAGCUGAUUUAACUAAAGAUAAUGAUUUAAUAUAUCAUGAUAUUAUACCUUCUUUGUUAACAUUGCCAGAUAUAAAGCCAAUGGAUAGUACAAAAAUUAUUCCAAUAAAUCAAAAUAUUUUAUUUCAAGAGGUUAAUGAAUAUAAUUAUGGUAACUUCUUAACUAAUGUUGUUCCUAUCAAUAUUCAUGAAUUAUCAAGUUUUUAUUCAGAAGAGAAAUCUCAAUUCUUAAGAAAUGAACUAGAUGCAGUUGAUGUAUCUAAUGAAGAAACUACUUCAGUUCUUGAAUAUUUGAAAUUACCAAAAGCUUUGGUAACCAUAAAGGAAUUAAUUAAUAGUAGUAGUAACAUUGAAGGGAAUAAUGAAGGUUCCCAGAUUGAUGCAACAUUAUUGGGAAUUGCUGGAGAAAUUAAUCAAGAAAGUAAUAAUGAUGCCUUUAAUAAAGAAAAGAUUAUUGAUUUAAGAAAGAAAAUUUAUGAAGCUAUAAGUGAAAGUGAAAGUAUUCUUGGUCAACAAUUUAGUGAUGCUUUAGUAAAAUUUAAAGAUGAAAUUUUAAAUUUAAAGAAAACAUUAUAUGAUGCUACUAAUUCAGAUAAUCAAUUAUUCGCAUUAAUUAAUAGUGAUAAUGCUGGAUUAUAUUCCAUUUUACAAAAGGGUCCAAAUUCUAAUGAAUUUAAACAAUUAUUUAAAACUAAAGAUUCCAAUUCUAAUAAAUCUGGUACUGCUACUGAAUUAAGUUUAUUAGAUAUGGAUGAAUCUCAACUUGUUGAUCCUAAAGAUAUAAUUAAUAAAGAUAUUAAAACAGUAGAAGAUCUUUUACAUGAUAUUAACGUUAUUAAAUCCAAUAAAUCCAAAUUAAUUGAAACUUUAAAGAAAGAGAUUCAUAAUGAUGAUAUCAGUGAUAUUUUAAUUUUGAAUAGUAAAAUUAAAUCAAGUAAUGAAAUUAAAUCAGUAAUCUUCCCAGAAGAAUUAAAAAAAUUUCAACCAUAUAAUGAAGAAUUAGACAAAUUAAUCGAACUGGAACGUAAAUUUAUUAAUAAUUUAAAACAAAAUUGGGAAAGUUUAUCAACUAACCCAAGAAUUAAGAAUAUUCAAAAUUUGAAAUCAUAUCAGGAUAUUUUAAUUAGAGAUCAGUCAGCUAAGAUUACUAAGUUUUAUAAUGAAAGCUGGAAAAGAUAUUCUACUGGAUUAAAGAAAGGGUCUAAAGUUUAUAAUGAUUUAUUGAAUUAUGCUGUAAGUUUAAAACAACAGAUACACAGUGAAGUUAACAGAUUAUCUUCUCGACCUCCUCCAUCGGGUCAAUCGAUUCCUUCUAGACAAUCUUCGCUUACAGAGGGUUUUAAUAAUUUAACUUUAGGACCCCAGUAUUCGGGUCAUAGUACAGGUUAUGGAUAUCAGUCGCCCCAACCUCCACAACAACCACUGCAACAACCACCAGUGCGUGUACCAAGUGGGUUGUCUGGCCAAGGUUCGUAUAACCAGACCUAUGGUACACCAUCUCCAAGUGCAAGUUCAUCAACUCCCAACUACUUUGAUCGAACAACUCCCCAACAUCAACCAUUCCCACAGCCACAAUUGUAUAAUACUCCAACUGUCAAUGAUGGAUAUAAUCAAGGACUUCAAUACUAUCAACAGCAUCAGCAACCACCACCACAACAACAACCUUACAGCGGAGGUUUGAGUAACCACAAUACCGGCAACUAUGCUAGACCACCACCACAAUUGCCACCUAAGACGCCAAGUGCUGGAGCUUUGCCAUCUUCUGGUUCUCUGUAUACUGGAUUUGUACCUCAACAACCGCCAACUGUACCAUCAUCUUACCAACAACAACAACAUCAACAACAACAACAACAACAACCACAACCGCAACCGCAACCGCAACCACAAUCACAAUAUAAUCAACCUGGCCAACCCGUGCUUCCAUCCAAUGCUAACAACAACAGCAAUAGUAAUUUGAUUUAUGAUCAGCCUUCUACAUACCAGCCGAAUAUGUACAAUUUUUUUAGCAACAACAAUAAUUAGUUUAGGUUUCUAAGUAAUAAACAAAAAUAAGUAAAUAAAUAAAAAUAAGUAAAUAAAAAAAAUAAGUAAAUAAAUAAAAGUAAGUAAGUAA